UCAAUCUGGCAACACUACAAAGCUGUCAUAGCCCAGCCUCUGUAAACGGGGAGAUGUUAUGUCAGUAGGUUUUUAUCUCUCUCUAGUUGUAUGAGAACGCGUUCUGUGUUCUAUGUGUAUUAUUCUUUAUGAAAGAUAACUUUACUUCCAGUUUUGUUGUUCGGUCUUUACGUUAUACACACAGCAGGGUAAGGGAUAGCUAGGAAGUUCAACUCAGCUAGUUAACCUACGUUAUCUAAGUAUGAACGAAGGAGAGGUUUUCCAUGAGAAGCAGAGACUGGAGCUGUGCGCCAUCCAUGCCCUGAACAACGUGCUGCAGGAGCGGGUGUUCACCAAGGAGACGGCGGACGACAUCUGCAAAAGGCUAGCUCCACAAUGUGUCGUGAACCCACACCGGUCAAUGUUAGGCACAGGAAACUACGAUGUCAAUGUGAUCAUGGCAGCGCUGCAGAGCAGAGAACUAGCGGCAGUAUGGUGGGACAAGCGCAGGACAGUACAGAAUCUCUGCUUGACUAAAGUCCAGGGCUUCAUAUUGAAUGUUCCUUCCCGGGUGUCGCUGGGAAUAGUGUCCCUCCCUCUCAGGCGACGCCACUGGCUAGCGGUGUGCAUGGUUAAUGGACAGUACUACAACCUGGACUCCAAGUUAAAGAAUCCCGUCUGCAUCGGAGGGGAGGCAGAACUAUGUUCGUUCCUCAGGGAGCAGCUCGCUCCAGAGGUGGCCGAGAUGCUUCUGGUCGUCCGGCAGGAGGUGGAAGAGGACGGCUCGUGGCUCAGCCCGGACAACCCGAAGACUGAUUCUCUUUGAGGGGUUUCGGGGGGGACAGUAGUACAUCCACCCAUACCCAGCAAGGAAGA